AUUCUCGGCUGGGACUUGGUGACUAUAGCUGGAGCUGACAGGGGAGAGGUCUGUAUCAGGCACCCUUGUAUUGCUCUGCACAGCAGAUCAAUACAAAGCAGCUUGUCCCCUAGUAAAUCACACCCAGCACACUAUGUAAAAUACAUGCAGCACACAGUUAACCCUUUGAUUUCCCCAGAUAUUAACCCCUUCCUGCCCAGUGUCAUUAGUACAGUGUCAGUGCUUUUUUAUUAGCACUGAUCACUGUAUUAGUGUCACUGGGGAUGUCAGUGGCAGUUAGUCAGUUCCCCCCAGUGUCAGAAUUCCCACCGCUGUCCCG